GUUCCGACCUUAACGACAAAAAAAUUCAUUACACUUUGACAACUUUUUGAAAAAACUUUUCCUUUUAAAUGUAGAUCUCAUUUAGAAAAAUGACAACUAAAUCUGUCCCAGCCAAGCGUCAUAUCUGUGUGUGGACCCACCCCGAAGGCUCAACGCCGGCUGUUAGAGUGUUAGUCGAAGAAGGAAAAAUCAGAGCCGAGAAUCUUCUCCGCAUCGCUUCUAAGACACUUAAUAUCUUCGAGUGUAAUCUGAGUUUCUUUGGUUUGUUUAAAGGGAUUGAGCGUCCAACUAAAAAAUAUGGCAACAAUGAGAUGAUAUACUUGCCAUGUAAAGAGAUUAUUUCCAUUCAGCGAUGGUCCUUCGAUAUUCCUCGGGAAAAGAAACUUCUGAAAACCGAUGCCGGCGCUCUUCACGUCCUGGCAUUGCAGUGUAAAUCAGAUCUUAAAGCUGGMAGAAUCAAGGCAAAGCCAGAAGAUAUCCCUGAGYUSAAAGACUAUGCGAAUCCUCAGUUUCCAUCUGAUAAGCAGUUUGUGGAAAAGUGUCAGACGUUGGUAGGGUACGCAUCGGUUCAUUUCAACGACUGUGUUGUCCAGAGUGACAUCUCAGUUAAAGAUUUGUCAUURAGUGAGGGUACAGAUUUAUUACUUGUGGCAAGUCCACGAGGACUUAUGUUUAAGACAGAGAAAGUAGUUUUCUUUGCACCAUGGCGUAAAAUUCGUCGCUGGUCAGAAGUACAAGGCAACAGUGUUCAUUUUGAAAUCUUUUUCACUGAUGAGAUGAGAUUUGAGUGGAUUGAAGUUGAAUCAAACCAAGCGGCAUAUCUCAUGGCUGUAAUUGCAGAGUUUGUGUUCAUAAUAAAACGAGAGUCUGAAGAACCAACAUUCAAAACACCAAAAUGGAUAAAAAACAAAAUGGCAAAUCGGAUAACGUGGAAAAUGAUCAAAAAGGAGCUCUUUUCUUCCAAAAAAGAGAAAGCUGAAGGCGAAGAAGGAGAAGGGGAGGAAGAAGAUGACGAAGAAGAAGAAGAGGAUGAAAGUGACGACGAUGAAGAAGCAGAAAUGAUUCAUCGUCUUGAUAGUAUUUACGAUGAAGCAAGCUCCGAUGAGUCUGGUGACGAGGGYGGGGUAGCACGUGCGUCUGGAUCACGCACUAAAACACGCUACCGGCCAAGCUGAUUGGUUCAAACAUCUAUUAGUAUAGUAWGRACAUCAGUCAAUCAAAAAACAAACAAAGAAUUAAUUAAAGCUACAAGACUAGCAUGA